UUUUUUUUUGUGUUUGAGUUGGUUUUGGAUUUGCUGUUUGUUAUCGUAGUAUCGUAGUGUGUGGGAAGUAUGUGCCUCAGUUGUGACUAAAGAGCACCACAAGUAGACUUCAAACAAUAAAUUUUUGGAGCAUAGCGAAAAAAGCGAGCCACACAAAAUGGAAUCGAUUGUGCUACAUUCCGAUAUAGCGCGCCUGGUCCUAGGCUAUUUGGUCAACAAUAAUCUUAAGCGUGCGGCCCAAACUCUAUGCCGCACAUCGCCGCAUCUGGUGCAGGAGUUCAAUGCAUUCCGUCAAGGCUUGCUGCCGCACAACUUUCUCAAUGGCGGUCUCGAGGAGAUGAUACGCGAGCACGUCAAGAUCAACACGCUGGUGACGAAUGCAAUGCUCAAGUUGCCCCUGGAGCGGCGAAUGCGUUUACAGCAAAUGAAACUCUCUGAGCGUCUCAGUGAGCUGCUGCAUCAGGAAAAGAACACACCGCAUAGCAGCUGGCGCAACAACACAACAGCAAACACAAACAAAAAACGCAAGCGUCGUCGCAUGCGUGGCCAAACGGAUGAAGAGUCACAACAACAGCUGCCACAUUACGACAGCAAGCGCCCACGUCUGCUGGCGCCACAUUUGUACUGCAGCAUUGAGCGCUCACAUCGCUUGCACAGCGCUGACAAUGAAUCCCUCGAUAGCAGCAGCAGCGGCAGCAAUCACACCGACAACUGCAACAGCGAUGCGAGUAGCGCCGACGAAGCUUUGCCCUUCCAUGGCAGCGGGCAUGGACCCAAGAAUAAUUCCACGCCACGCACAGGCACCAGCCGCACCAACGAUUCGGCAGAAUUGAUCAUGAUGCCCAUGCCACAAGCUAUGCCCGAAUUGACGCAGGCCAUCAUGACCAAUGAGGACUUCCAGCAGAAGCUGCUGGAGAACAUCAAUGUGGCGUUACAAUCAGUCACUGUGCAUACGCCUACGCCGGAAUCGAUAAACUCUGAGGCGGUGCUUGAUGAUUUGGUCAAGAACAUAUUGGAAGCGACCGAGAAGGAUCCAUCGUUUGAUCGUGUGCUCCAAGAGGUUGUUGGCACACCGGCGCCAACAAAUGUCGGCGAGCAGCAGCAGCAGCCGGCUGCAGCUACGUUAGAGACGCCAGAGCUGGCUGCAGCAGAGCCACCGCAAACACCGCUCAUCAUACGCAAUGCGGUGGCGGCGGUGGCCAAUGCGGGCGGAGAUGGGAAUGGCAAUGGAAAUGCGGUGAUACAGUUGAAUGCGAACACCUCACUGGACCAGGUGGUGGAUCCCAAUUUCAGCAUAUCCAAGUUGAUUUUGAUCAAUUCGAAUGAGAGCGCACAAAAGCAGCAGCAACAACUGCAUCAGCAGCAGCAACUGCAACAACAACUGCAACAGCAGCUGGCAACUGGCGCAGCUUCAGUUAAUCUCAGCAUCACCACCGAGAAUCUCAUCAAUUACAAUGAUGCCAGCGGUGGAGGAGGAGGAGGAGGAGAUGGUGAGGCAGCACCGAGUGGAACGGUCCAAACGACAUCGAAUCAAGUUUGCGUGGAUACCACAAAUGGUCAGCUAACAUUUCCCAUGAUCUUCUCGUCCAACGAUGGCAUCUUCUCGCAUCUGCCGCUGCUUGUGAACAACGAAUGGUUGGCUCAACAGCUGCGCUCCGAUGUCUUUGAAAUUCCACUAACCGAACCAAUUACUGUGUCGGCCAGUCAACUGCCCAAUUCGAUAAUAAUUAACAGUGCUGUGAAGCAGUCAUCGUCGCAUCAGGCACUGCCGCCAGCUGCUGUUGAGCCGCCCGUGCAAUUGAUUGAGGAGGAGUCUCAACCGCCGCCGCCAUCAACAGCUGCAGCCACAGCAGUAGCCGCAGCUGUACACAAAUCUGUGGAACGCAAAGCGGCGCCAGCGAAUGCGAAUGGGAUCCCGCCUGCCUCGUUGGACUCGUCGCGUGUGGUGCUGGAGCGUGCGACGCCUUCGACAGCGGGCAUUGUGAAUGUGAAGGCAUUCCGCAGUUUGUCGACGCCCAGGAAACGCACUUCGCAUGUGCGCACCCUCAACUUUUCACCCAAGGCAAUUACGCAUGCAAUGCAACAGACGCCCGUCUCCACACGUCGCGCCCAGCUCCAGCAGCAGCAGCUGCAGCGUCGCGAGCAGCUGAAGGCGUUGCGCGAACAGCAGCAACAGUCGCACCCGGUGCAGACAGAGCAACAGCCUGAGCAUGCAAAGCAAGCACCGGAGGAGAAGCCGGUGCACAUUAAGAGCGUUGAAAUCCUACCCAGCUUUGGCAGCAGUCCCGCGCACAGCAAGCCGAGCACCUCGUCCGAUGUGAGCGCCAAUGAGAGCGGCAACAGUUGCUUGCCGCCCUUGUUUGCCAUGGAGGAGGGCAGCAAUCAAACGGUGAUUAAAGCUGUUGUAGUUGCUGCGAAGCAGACGAAAGGCAGCACAGCUACGCCGAAGCGUAAGCAAAAGCGUCGCGCGGCAGUCAAGGCUUGCAAGCGCAUUAUUUCCCAGUCAACUGUACCGGAAGAGGCGCAGCAACAACAGAAGGAACAACAACAGCAGCCACAGCAACUGGAUGUGAAACUGGAGCAACAGGAGCAGCCAGAUGUGGGCACAUCGCUGGACGACAGCAAGGAGAAUCAAAGAGGCAGCCAGCAUGUCGAGGAGGAGGACGACGACGACCAGACGGAUCUGAUGGCUGCCUGGCAACGUCAAAUGCACGGCACCAGCACCGAUCUAGAGCAGCGGCUACGCGAGAUCAAUGCCAAGCGUCAGGAACAGUUCAAGGGACCGCAACGCACGCGUCGUCGCACCGCAGCGGGCAAGAAGAAAGGUGGAGGCGGUGGCACGCCGCUGGCGCCUAAGCAAAAGAAACUCAAGGUGACGCUCAGUGCCAAGAAGAAGAAGCUGCAGGCGGGACAGACAGUUGGGAAGGCAACAACAACGAUCAAGAUAACGACACCGCAGAAAACAAAGAAAAUAGUGGAAAGCAAAGAGCCGCCGAAGGAAGCGAACCGUGAGGAGCAAGACAAGCAACAGCUGCAGGGGGAGAAGAAUGCGCAUAAGGUGUCAAUUAUCGAAGAACCAGCGAAGCAGCUGAAAACCGAGAAGGAGCAGCUGCCGGAGAAGACAGCCAAGCAGGUUACAACAACAACAACUACAACGGCAACAGCAACGAUAGCAAUAGCGACAGUGGAUCAAGUGCCUUCGAGCAUGGAGAUGCUGCUGGAGACUCCAUUCAAGAUGCUGCUAUCGCAGUCGGAUGAUGGUGUGCCGCCGACACCCGGACCCGCCGCUCUGCUCCUGCCACCCACGCUGGACACACCUUAUGCUAAGCUGUUGCCGAGCACUUCGUUUCUGUUUGGCAGCGACACCAAGAGCAUACUGGACACACCCAUGCUAACGGCCAUAACGCCGGGCACACGACUGUCGGGGGCAACACCAUUUGGCCACUCCCUGGGCACACCGCACAGCACAGCGAAAACGGAUUAUUCCUCGGGCAGCUCCUACUAUCGUCCCGAUGAGGCCGAGCACACGGAUACGAAUGCCCAAUGUGCCCUGCAACCGGCCAGAGCAUCGCCAGCAACAACUACAAUUGCACCCGAACCGAUCAAGGUUUCUGCCGUGUCCGCCUUUGAGCUGCAUGCCGAGCGUUUGCCCGUGGAGCCGACGGUGCUGCGUCGUGUGCGUUCCUUUGGCACCGAGGCCGUGGACAGCGCUGAGGGCGCCGUCGCCGCUUUGCCCGAUAAUGUCGCGGAGCCAGGUGCACAUUAUAAGCUCGUAUCGGGUUUGCCCGAUGCUGUGGUCGAUAAUUCCAGCAGCAGUUCGUGUGCCAGCAGCUCCACUUACUCCUCCAGCAGCUCCAGUUCGUCGAGCAGUGGCAGCGGCAGCAGCACCGACAGCAGCAGCAACUCCUCGGCCACCUCGGCCACAACCAGACGUGCGGCAAGUCAGGUGGCGCCUGGCGGUGUUGCGUUGUCCACGGCGAAAACAAUGCAGCUGCUGGACAUGGAGAAUCUGUCGGACAUUAGCAGCACCGAGGAUGAGGAAUGGCUAAAGGCGGCAGCAGCGGCGGCAACUGAACCGCCGCUCGCCAUCGACAAUGAGCCGCAGCAGCUGGUCAGCCAGGAUGGCGAGGUGCGCUACCCGUUGCGCAAUUGGCUGACACCCAGCAAGGAUGCGACCAAGGAUGCAAAUACUAGCGGGGAGAUGGCACCGCCAGCACCCAAAACGAAACCAGCUAAUCCUCCACCACCUCCGCCGCCGCCGCCGCCUCCGGAAUUGCCAGCUGCAGCAGUGAAGCCACCUCCGCCUCCAUCACCACCACCGUCGGCUCCACCUCCACCAGUCAAUCCGCCUGCAGCUAGAACUCCAACACCGCCGCCUCCGCCUACGCCAGCUCCGAGUGCAGCUGAGGAUAAGCUAAAACAACAGCUGGUAAUGGAGCAGCGUCGUCAGGAACUGGCCAAAGUGCGUGAGCGUGUCAAGGCCAAGGUGAAGCAGCAAGUCUCGCCCAAACCGCGCGUCCGCAAAGUGAACAAGAAGCUGAGCAACAUGCGGGAGAACGCCAAGUUGUCACAACCACCGUCACAGUCGAGCAAGGCAAGCAAUGGCAAGUCUCCUCGAAAGGAAGCGCCGCCAACCGUGAAGACAGCAGCUACAACGGGUGUAUCAGCCGUAACAACAGUAUUAACAACCAGCUCAGCUACAACAGCGGUUGCUAUUCCAAAGCCAACUGAAGCAAUUGCCAAGUCAGGGAAUGAGCCAUCGACAAAUUGCAGCAGCGAUCUGGAUCCAGCGCUGCUUAUGGCCUUGAAUCUCAGUGCUAAGAAGCAGCAGCAACAGCAGCCAAAAGUGGGACGCAUUGCCGUUCAGAUUGCAGCACAGCCGGCACCCGCGUUGGGCGCAGCACAGCGUCGUGGGCGACCUAAGAAGGCGCCCAACGUGGAGCCCACACGCUGCUGCACACGACGCUCCACGCGACUGAUUGACAAUAAGACUCCUGGACCAGAAGAAACAUCACCGGAACCGCCACCUAAACUAACCAAGUCGUUAACCAAUGUCAAAGUGACCAAGAAGCCGGCCAAGAAACGUGCAGAAGCGCGUUUGGAGCCGUCACAGCCGUUGGCAACUCUCGCCGAAGCGCAAACCACACAAAAGUCACCAGAGCCCCAAACAUUGCCCUCAACAUCGGCAGCAACGACAGCGCCAGCGGCGAGCCCAGACUAUGAGCUGGACAUGUGCUUAAGCAGCAGUCAUGUGGAAAAUACGUUCAGUUUUUCAUACGCUGAUAAUGGCAGCAAACCAACAGAUCCUGUGGAACGCCAGCCAGCGAGCUACUUUGAGAGCUAUCAAAUGCGUCUCAUGAUCGACAAUGAGAUGCACAAUGUGCGCAUGACAAGUCCACAGCUGAUCUAUCAGCACUCUGGCAACGGUGGCGAAGAUAAUGGGGCCAAUGCGGCUGCCAAUUCUGCCGCCAUUCGUAACAUACCCAAGAAACGCAUCGUACGCUAUACUAGUGGCGGAGGUGGAGGUGCAGGAGAAGGAGGAGGAGGAGGGACCACUAAUCGCGAUGAGGCUAAGGAUGAGAAGCAGGUGAAGCCAGUGGCGACAUCCACGCCGCUGGGCAACAACUCACAGGCAGCGGAGAGCGGGCAGCGCGAUGAAAACGAUCUCGAGGUGGCUAAGAUCAAUGCGCCGAUGAAACCAAACUCUGGCGACGAUCAGGAGCCGCAUGAUGCCGGUGUACAGAUCGAAGAUAUCGAAUCGAUACUUUCCCAUCUUCAUGGCACCUAAAAGAAAAAUAUCUACAACACAAAACAAAUUACUCGAUGAAAUGAAACCAGUUAUGUUUAUCUUUAUCAAUUAUAAAAUAGUCUCUUAUGUUUAUUAUUAUAAUUUUUUUUUUUUUAUUUAAAAGAGAUGCUUGAUUAACAAUAUAUCGUAGGUUUACUUACUGUAUUACGUAUAUAGGUACGUUCGUUAAAGCUUAAGUUUAAUAUUUAUCUAUCGGCUAUAAACAUAAAAAAUACAAAAAACCAAAGAACUGAUCCCGAGGGAGAGUUUGGUUUUCGAAUCAAAUAUUACUAUACAAUAUAUAUGUAAAUAUAUAAAACAUAUAUAAAUUAUAGAUAUUUAAGUUGUACAUAAGUAUUAAGUAUUACCCACUCGUAAUACGUCAGAU